ACUUUACACGUGAAAGUAUGAAAUAUGGCGGACCUACUUGCAGCUAAACUUUAAACAAAGUUGUGUUUUAAGACGUGUAAAAUGGGCCUUUCGAAGAGCGAAGCGUACUCAGUCUUGGAGCUACCUCUAGGGGCAAGUUAUGAAGAGAUAAGAUCCAGUUACAAACGCCUGGCUUUAAAAUGGCAUCCUGAUAAACAUAACAAUAGUCAGGAGGCAACAAAGAAAUUCCAGGAGGUGUCCUCGGCAUACAAGCGACUUACCAGUGAGGAUUCAGAUGAUGAGAUCAACUUGACUCCAGCAGAUAUGUUUGAUCUCUUUGCUCACAUUGUCUUUCAACGAAAUGGAAUGUUUGGUGGCUACCCAGGAAUGUAUGACUCUGACAACAGUUGCUACAGUGAUGAUGAUGAGGAUGAUGACGAUGAUGAUGAAUCGGUCGAUGAAAUUCUUCAAAGAAUGGCACAGAGUUAUAGGAAAAAGUCAGAGUCCAAAAAACCCUCUGAAAAAGGUCGUCCUGCACACAAUUUAUCGGAGGCGGAAGCCAUGAAAAAUGCAAAAGAGCUUAUAGAGGAGGAAGAGAGAGACAGGAAAAAAGCAGAAAAACGGAGAGCUAAAAAGAAGAGGAAUAAGGAAAGAAAGAAGGAAAAAGAAAGAGAGAAGAAAGCAAAGGAUGAAAAAGAAAAUAUACAGCAACAGAAGAAUAAUAAAAAAGAAAAUAUACCAACUACAACUAAAGCACCUCCAAAGGAACCCAGUAAAAAAAGAAAUACCACAGCAACUUCUUCAACUCCGACUAAAACUGUAAAUAACAAUACAAAAGUAUCCAGCGGUUUAAAAGAACAAUCUGUGAAUAAUAAUACAAAUUUACAACAAUCAACAAAAAUGGAACCAAGUUCACCCAAAAGACAUGACGAGGAAGAUUUAUCAGGCAAUGAGGAGCCCACAUGGGAUACAAACAGUGCGUUCUUUGCGAGAGCAGCAGGGCGUAAUCCAAUGCCUCCUCCUUCAACAAGCACUGCAACAGUAAAAAAUAGUGCACCAUCAACUAUCAGUCAGAGCUCACAGAAUACGAAAAACAUCUCCACUCAACAACCUGCGGCAGAACAGAUAGAUCCUGUGGUUUUACGUAGCAGACAAGUAGCAGUUAAAGGAAAUGAAAUGGCAAACGUUGGAAACUAUCAGGCUGCCGUGGAUCUCUUCACUCAAGCUAUUAACUUGGAUGCAAAAGACUUCAGAUUCUUUGGUAACCGUUCUUACUGUUAUGACCGCAUGGGACAAUACGAAAAAGCUCUCCAGGAUGCUGAUGUGGCCAUAUCGCUAGCACCUGAUUGGCCAAAAGGUUACUUCAGACGAGGCAGAGCACUGGCGGGAUUAAAGUUAUAUUCUGAUGCAGAGAGCAGUUUUGCUCAAGUUUUAAAACUGGAUAAACAUUGUGAAGAUGCCAUGUUUGAACUGGCUAGGGUUCGAGUGCAGCAGCUAGAGGAGAUGGGAUUUCCACAGAGUCAAAGUGAAGCAGCUAUCCAGGCAUAUGGAACAGUUCAGGCCGCUUUGGAAGCACUGCUAGCUGGAAAAGUGAGUUGUCCCGUUUCAACGGAGAUAUACGUCUCUGAUGGAGAGGAUGAUGCACAAAAACAGCAAAUAAGAAUGGUUGAAAAUGGUAGCGUUGAUGACGGCCCUGGCCGUUCCUUGUGGGUUGGAAACGUCAAUCCUGAGGAAGUCAGUGAAAGACAUUUGGUACAGCUGUUCAGCAGGUGUGGUCGGGUCGACAACGUGCGGAUACUCCCCAAAAGAUUCUGUGCGUUUGUUAAUUAUGAUCAGGCUGAAUCUGCCGCCCUAGCACUCGAAAAAUUACAGGGCUAUGAGAUGGGAGGCGAGCAGUUAUUACUGAGAUACCCCAAUAACACUGGCUCCCCGGGAAGCCAGCCACUUGCUGCUGCUUCGGUUCCUGGUAAAAAGAAACAACCUGAAGGGGACUUAAAACAAUCUAUGAGCAAGUUGUCGGGCCCCGUGAACGGAGACGAGUGUUAUUUCUGGCGCACGACCGGCUGCUAUUUUGCUGACAAAUGCCGAUUCAGACAUGUCCCGGAGAGCAAAGGUGUCGAUCUAAAAAGGGUGGAGGCCAAGUAUGGAGGAAAACUUCGAGUGACUACCCCACCGAGCCAAUGAAAAAAAAAAAACAAAAAUAAUAAUAAUAAUAAUAAUAGUGAUGACUCAUAUAAUAAUAAAUAGUAUUGAUAACCAAUGACAGCUUGGCUGUCAAGAUAUGGGCCGGGUUUACUCCACACAAAAAAGAUAAUAUUGAAC